AUGGGUAACGGAGCCAAGGCACAGCAGAAGCGCGAGCGCAACGCGAAGGACGGCAAGGUCGCCAAGUCGCAGCUGAAGUCUAACGUGCAGGCGAUGGACAUCCAGUGCAAGAUCUGCUUCUCGACCUUCCUGAAGACGACUCGCGCUCCCCAACUCACCGAGCACGCGCAGAACAAGCACGGCAAACCCCUUACCGACUGCUUUCCCGGAUGCACAGCAUAG